ACACACACACACACACACACACGCUCACAGAGACUAUACCUGCCUCUACUUGUCUGCUCUCAGCAGAUGGCCUCUUGCUUUUGGGUCGCCUUAUUUUGCAGCCCAGUCCAAUUAGACCCUUUCUUCCCUGGAGACUGGAAAGCUGUGGGGUGAGGGUUUCAGCAAGGUCUCCUGUCUUCAGAGUAUGAAGGACACUGUCCGGCAAGAGAAGAGGGUUACAUUUAGAGUUCGGGCCCAGUUGGUGUUGGGCUCCCCGCUACUUCUUUUUUGCAGAACUAUCACUGGCCCCUGGUUGCAAACUCUCCGUGGCUUUGAAGUCCACAAAAUAAAAACUGAGAGGGGGCCCAAAAAGAGAAGAAAACGUUGUUGGUCCCCAGACUCCACUAUCGGAUUUUGGCAGGGAUGAGAAGAGAGAACUACCAAGAGUGAUCAAGUGCAGGUCCCUGCAUGGCCUUAAACAAUGCGUUCCAGAAGCACUAACCCUGAGGGCUCAGCCCCAAAACAAUUUCCAAGACACAGUAAAGACCAGAAUUUCCAGAACAUGAAGCACAAACAGCAAGACAAAGACUCCACCAUUGAGUUGGAUGAAAUUCUUCCAUGUCCCAAGUCAGAGAAGCCACACAAUGGCAAUGGCCACCAAGCAGACGAUCUUUCAAGAGAUGACCUGUUAUUUCUUCUCAGCAUUCUAGAGGGAGAACUGCAGGCUCGAGAUGAAGUCAUUGGUAUUUUAAAGGCUGAAAAAAUGGACUUGGCUUUGCUGGAAGCUCAGUAUGGGUUUGUUACUCCGAAAAAGGUGUUGGAAGCUCUCCAGAGAGAUGCUUUUCAAGCAAAAUCGAUUCCUUGGCAGGAGGACAUCUAUGAGAAACCAAUGAAUGAGUUGGACAAAGUCGUGGAAAAACAUAAAGAAUCUCACAGACGAAUCUUGGAACAACUUUUAAUGGUAGAAAAAUCCCACAGGCAAACCAUAUUGCAGUUGGAGGAAGAAAAAAGAAAACAUAAAGAAUAUAUGGUGAAGAGUGAUGAAUUCAUAAGCUUACUAGAACAGGAAUGUGAAAGAUUAAAGAAGCUGAUUGGUCAAGAAACCGAGUCCCAGCAGAAAAAGGAGCAAGAAAAGGAAAAGAGGGUCACCACCCUGAAAGAGGAGCUGACCAAGCUGAAGUCUUUUGCUUUGAUGGUGGUGGACGAACAACAAAGGCUUACAGCACAGCUCACCCUUCAAAGACAGAAAAUUCAAGACCUGACCACAAGUGCACAGGAAACACAUGCUAAACUAACUCUUGCUGAAGCCAGAGUUCAGGAAGAAGAGCAGAAGGCAACCAGACUAGAGAAAGAACUGCAAACACAGACCACAAAGUUUCAUCAGAACCAAGACGAAAUUAUGGCAAAGCUCACCAAUGAGGACAGUCAAAAUCGCCAGCUUCGACAAAAGCUGGCAGCACUCAGUCGGCAAAUUGAUGAGUUAGAAGAGACAAACAGAUCUUUAAGAAAAGCAGAAGAGGAGCUGCAAGAUAUAAAAGAAAAAAUCAAUAAGGGAGAAUAUGGAAAUGCUGGCAUAAUGGCUGAGGUAGAGGAGCUCAGGAAGCGUGUGCUAGACAUGGAAGGAAAAGAUGAAGAGCUCAUAAAGAUGGAGGAACAGUGCAGAGAUCUCAAUAAGAGGCUUGAGAAGGAAACAGCACAGAGUAAAGACUUUAAACUAGAAGUUGAAAAGCUCAAUAAAAGGAUUAUGACUCUGGAAAAAUUAGAAGAUGCUUUCAACAAAAGCAAACAAGAAUGCUACUCUCUUAAAUGCAACUUAGAAAAAGAAAGGACAACCACAAAGCAGUUGUCUCAGGAACUAGAGAGUUUAAAAGUGAGGAUCAAAGAGCUAGAAGCCAUUGAAAGUAGGCUGGAAAAGACAGAAUUCACUCUGAAGGAGGAUUUGACUAAACUGAAAACAUUAACUGUGAUGCUUGUGGAUGAACGGAAAACAAUGAGCGAAAAAUUAAAGCAAACGGAAGAUAAAUUACAAGCUGCUUCUUCCCAGCUUCAAGUGGAGCAGAACAAAGUAACAACAGUUACUGAGAAGUUAAUUGAGGAAACUAAAAGGGCACUCAAGUCCAAAACUGAUGUGGAAGAAAAGAUGUUCAAUGUAACCAAGGAAAGAGAUGAUCUAAAAAACAAACUGAAAGCAGAAGAGGAGAAAGGAAAUGAUCUCUUGUCAAAAGUCAAUAUGUUGAAAAACAGGCUUCAAUCAUUGGAAGCAAGUGAGAAAGAUUUCCUAAAAAACAAAGACUCUGGUAAGUCCACAACAGCUUUACACCAAGAAAACAAUAAGAUUAAAGAACUCUCCCAAGAAGUGGAAAGACUGAAACUAAAGCUAAAGGAUAUGAAAGCCAUUGAGGAUGACCUCAUGAAAACAGAAGAUGAAUAUGAGACUCUGGAACGAAGGUAUGCUAAUGAACGAGAAAAAGCUCAAUUUUUAUCUGAAGAGCUAGAGCAGGUUAAAAUGGAACUUACCAAGUACAAGUUGGCAGAAAAGACAGAGUCCAGCCAUGAACAAUGGCUUUUCAAAAGGCUUCAAGAAGAAGAAGCUAAAUCAGGGCAUCUAUCGAGAGAAGUGGAUGCAUUAAAAGAGAAAAUUCAUGAAUACAUGGCAACUGAGGACCUAAUAUGUCACCUCCAGGGAGAUCACUCCAUUCUGCAAAAGAAACUAAAUCAACAAGAAAACAGGAACAGAGAUUUAGGAAGAGAGAUCGAAAACCUCACUAAAGAGUUAGAGAGGUACCGGCAUUGUAGUAAGAGCCUCCGUCCUAGUCUCAAUGGAAGAAGAAUCUCUGACCCUCAAGUAUUUUCUAAAGAAGUUCAAACAGAAGCAGUAGACAAUGAGCCACCAGAUUACAAGAGUCUCAUUCCUCUGGAAAGAGCAGUCAUUAAUGGUCAGCUGUACGAGGAGAGUGAGGAACAAGAUGAGGACCAUAAUGAGGAGGAAUCUGUGCUGUCCUUCAGAUGCAACACGUCCACUCCCCUUCCUGUGAACAGGAAGCUAUGGAUUCCUUGGAUGAAAUCCAAGGAGAGCCAUCCUCAGAAUGGGAAAAUACAAACUAAACCCAAUGGCAACUUCAUGCAACCUGGAGAUCUAGUCCUAAGCCAUACACCUGGACAGCCGCUUCAUAUAAAGGUUACGCCAGACCAUGCCCAAAAUACAGCCACUCUUGAAAUCACAAGUCCAACUACAGAGAGCCCUCACUCUUACACAAGCACUGCAGUGAUACCAAACUGUGGCACCCCAAAACAGAGGAUAACCAUUCUCCAAAAUGCUUCCAUAACACCAAUGAAGUCCAAAACCUCUACUGAAGGCCUCCAGAAUUUAGAUCAAGGUAUGUCCCCAAUUGCCAUGGCAACCUUUGCCAGAGCACAGACCCCAGAGUCUUGUGGUUCUAUAACUCCAGAAAGGACAAUGUCACCUAUUCAGGUUUUGGCUAUGACUGGUUCAGCUAGCUCUCCUGAGCAGGGACGCUCCCCAGAGCCAAUAGAAAUCAGUGCCAAGCACACGAUUUUCAGAGUCUCCCCAGACCGGCAGUCAUCGUGGCAGUUUCAACGUGCAAACAGUAAUAGUUCAAGUGUGAUAACUACUGAGGAUAAUAAAAUCCACAUUCACUUAGGAAGUCCUUACAUGCAAGCUGUGGCCAGCCCCAUGAGACCUGCCAGCCCUUCAACACCACUGCAGGAUAACCGAACUCAAGGUUUAACUAAUGGGGCACUAAACAAAACAACCAAUAAAGUCACCAGCAGUAUUACUAUCACACCAACAGCUACACCUCUUCCUCGACAAUCACAAAUUACAGUAAGUAAUAUAUAUAACUGACCACCCUCAUCCUCAUCCAGUCCAUACUGAUAUUCUUGCAAGGAACUCAAUCCUUUUUUAAUCAUCCCUCCACAUCCCCCAAAAGACUGACUGAACUUGUACUUUGGGAAGUUUGUGCAUGAACUACACAAGAGUCUGAAACUAAUUGUUGCCUGCAUAGCCAUUUCAAGUGUGCAUUUACUGUAUAUCUUUUCAUUUACAUAACUGUAUGGGAAAUAUUUAGUCUGCAUUUGUAUAAAUACAUUUUUAUGUAUUUCAUUUUCCAUAACUCACUUUAAUUUGACUGCAACUUGUUGUGGUAAAAUACUUUAACAUCAUAAAACAGUAAAUAAUUUGUUAUUUUUACCAUU